AUGACCAGCGACUCCAUCCAGAUCCCCCGCAGCCUGCCGCUGCUGCUCACCCACGAUGGCGUGCUGCUGCCGGGCGCCAGCAUGCGGUGCAGCGUGGACACCCACGGGAACAUGGAGCUGGUGCGGAGCCGUCUGCUGCGGGGAACCUCCCUCAAGAGCACCAUCAUCGGGGUCAUCCCGGACACCAGCGACCCUGCCAGUGACGGGGAGAAGCUGCCUGCCAUGCACAGGAUCGGCACUGCCGCCUUGGUGGUGCAGGUUGCUGGCAGUAACUGGCCGAAGCCGCACUACACCUUGCUGGUAACGGGGCUGUGCCGAUUCCAGAUCGUGCAGAUUCUGAAAGAACGACCGUAUCCCGUUGCCGAGGUGGAGCAGCUGGACCGGCUGGAGCAUCUGAGCAGUAAGAGCGAGUUUAAGGAGGCGCUGGGGGAGCUUUCUGAGCAGUUUUACAAGUACGCGUUACAGUUGCUGGACAUGCUGGACAGCUCCGUGCCUGCGGUGGCUAAACUGAAGAGGUUAUUGGAUAAUCUCCCCAAGGAACUGCACCCGGAUAUCCUGGCGUCCAUCAUACGGACCACCAACGAGGAGAAGCUGCAGAUUCUCGACACCGUCGGGCUGGAAGAAAGAUUCAGAGUGACCAUCCCGCUCCUGCUGCGUCAGAUCGAAGGGUUAAAACUCCUCCACAAAACGCGCAACCCCAAAAUAGCCGAUGACAAACGGAUCGUUGCGAUCCGUCCUCUGAGGAAGCUCGGGGGAGGGGCAGUCAAGCCGUUCUCUCUGGAUGACGCAGAAGAUGACGACGAGGACUCCGAUGACAUCAUCUUAUUGGAGAAGAAGAUCAAGUCAUGCAGCAUGCCGGAGCCAGCGAUGAAGGUGUGCACGAAGGAGAUGAAGAGGCUGAAGAAGAUGCCGCAGUCCAUGCCGGAGUACGCGCUCACCAGGAACUAUCUGGAGCUCAUGUCUGAGCUGCCCUGGAGCAAAAGUACUACAGAUCAGCUGGAUAUCCGCGCGGCCAGAAUCCUGCUCGAUAAUGAUCACUACGCCAUGGCCAAGCUGAAAAGGAGGGUCCUGGAGUACCUGGCCGUCCGUCAGCUGAAGAACAAUUUGAAAGGCCCCAUCCUGUGUUUUGUGGGGCCUCCGGGGGUCGGAAAAACCAGCGUGGGAAGAUCCAUCGCAAAGACGCUGGGGAGAGAGUUCCACCGGAUCGCACUGGGAGGAGUUUGUGAUCAAUCCGAUAUCCGUGGACACAGGCGCACCUACGUGGGCAGCAUGCCCGGACGUAUCAUCAAUGGGCUAAAGAUCGUUGGCGUGAACAAUCCAGUUUUUCUCCUUGAUGAGGUAGAUAAGCUUGGAAAAAGUCUCCAAGGAGAUCCAGCAGCGGCACUAUUGGAGGUUCUCGACCCGGAGCAGAAUCACAGUUUCACCGACCACUAUCUGAAUGUGGCCUUUGACUUAUCCCAGGUUCUGUUCAUUGCCACCGCCAAUACAACCGCCACUAUUCCGCCUGCCCUGCUAGAUCGCAUGGAGGUUCUCGAGGUUCCAGGGUACAGCCAGGAGGAGAAGCUGGAGAUUGCACACAGACACCUGAUUGCUAAACAGCUGGCCCAGCACGGGCUGACUCCUGAGCAGAUCCAGAUCCCACCUGAAACCACCCUGGAAAUUAUCACCCGGUACACACGUGAAGCUGGAGUCCGCUCGUUGGACAGGAGGUUAGGGGCUGUGUGCAGAGCGGUUGCUGUUAAAGUCGCUGAAGGGCAACACAGGCAUGGAAAAUCGGAGACCUCCGAUGUGACGGACGUAGAGGACCACAAGGCAAACCCCUCGGAAGACUCCAGACCCCGGGACGUCAGCGGCCCAGCAGACCUGUCCCUGCCCCCCGAGAUGCCAAUACUGAUUGAUCAUCACGCAUUAAGGGACAUCCUGGGAGCUCCCAUGUAUGAGACAGAGGUAUUUGAGAGACUGAACCAGCCAGGCGUUGCCAUCGGAUUGGCCUGGACCCCUCUUGGAGGGGAGAUCAUGUUUGUGGAGGCCAGUCGUAUGGAUGGAGAAGGGCAGUUGACGCUGACUGGCCAACUGGGAGAUGUCAUGAAAGAAUCGGCGCACCUGGCGAUCAGCUGGCUGCGCAGCAACGCAAAGAAAUUUCAGCUGACCAAUGCAUCGGGCACCUUUGAUCUACUUGACAGCACCGACAUUCAUCUGCACUUCCCAGCUGGAGCCGUCACAAAGGACGGACCGUCGGCUGGAGUCGCCAUAGUAACCUGCCUCGCUUCGCUCUUCAGCGGCCGGCUGGUGUGCUCGGACGUUGCGAUGACCGGAGAGAUCACCUUGCGAGGCCUGGUGCUUCCUGUUGGAGGCAUCAAAGACAAGGUUCUAGCGGCUCAUAGGGCCAAGCUGAAGCGCGUGAUCCUCCCCCAGAGGAAUGAAAAGGAUCUGGAAGAGAUCCCCUCGAACGUGAGGCGGGAUCUGACUUUUAUCUUUGCAGGAUCUCUGGAGGAUGUUCUGAAUGCAGCAUUUGAUGGGGGGUUUUUCCGUAAGAGGGGACAGGAGCUUCUCAACAGCAAACUAUGAAAAGACUAUUCCUCCCACUUACAAGCAUGUCAGGACCCCUUAAAGGCACACGUAUAAUUUUUCUGAAGGGUUAAAUUACUGGGACCUCAGAACCAGGAGGUGUAUACUGUGCCUGGCAUCCAGCUGGAAAGGACACUGAAGGGUAAAGUCCUUUGUGUUAGCUUCUCUCAGCCAAUCAGCAUUGCUAACAGGAGUCUUUUCCAGCUGGAUGCCAGGCAUAGUAUACACCUCCUGGUUCACACCCAUUAUUUUAACUCUUUAUUAUAAUUUUCUGGAUAUCCUUGCUUACCUUUUUUUUUUGGUGACUCAAGAGGUACAGUCCCUACCUCCCUCCCUCAUGGCCUAUACUGCACCUUACUGAUGGAAAUAAAUAAAAUAAUCCCAAAGCACA